GCCACAGGCCCCCCUGUCCCGGGCCGGAGGAGGCCAGGCGGCGCUCCCGGGGGUUAAGAAUAAAGCCCGCGGGAAAGAGUGGGCGGGAAGAGCGGGCCCCCUGGGAACGUCGCGGGCAUGCAGGGCAGCCUGGGCUCCCGGCACUGAGUAAAGUUGCUCGUCUUGGUUGCUUUUUCUGUGCUUGGAAACUCAGUCCCGGGAUUAAAGGCUCGGUUUGUGUUAGUGAUUGUGGAAUUAGGAGGAGAGGUGGGCCCGGGAGUGGGCUGGCUGCCACUCAAGAGCGAUGGAGCCAGCUGGCCUCAGUCCUGCUUUUUUUUUUUUUUUGCCUCCACAUGGCGAGUGUGCCCCAGCAGAAGGGACAGCCGCUGUUUGGCCCUUUCCUCAGUGGCCUGUCAAGCUCCUGAAGUUUUCAUGGUGUAAAGGGGCCAGCUGAAACAGAAACUCCUCAUACGGCUCUGCAGAAAUUUGUCAGCUCUUCUCACUGGACAGGACUUGGCUGCCUUUUGUGUGAGUCCAAAGUACGUGUAACAAACACAGGAGUCAGUCACUGAAUGCAGUGACAGUGCCAGACAGGUGCACAGCCAGGAGUCUAAGAUCUGCGUGAGAAGUCAAAGCUGGGACGCAUCUCAACACUGAGAGGACUCCAUUUUGGUGCAAGGCCAAGAAGCAGUAAAUUGGGACUGACAGCUUUUUCACAAGAAUUUCUUGGAGAGGCUAUAGCCAUUGUUGCUGCCAUGCAUUUUCUACUGAAGGUCCCGAGUGCUGUAUCUCUGCAUGCUGCCCUGAGAAAAUCUCUCCAGCUUUGCAGUCAGAGCUACACGGUUUCCACCUCUUUUAGUUAUGAAGCCAUAAAACAACAGUACAGACCAGAGGUGCCGGAGUACUUCAACUUUGCAAGCGAUGUGCUGGACAGAUGGACUGAAAUAGAAAAGGAGGGAAAAAAAACUAAAAAUCCUGCGUUAUGGUGGGUAGAUGGUGAUGGAGAAGAGGUAAAAUGGAGCUUUGAGGAGCUGGGAGUCCUUUCCAGGAAAGUAGCUAAUGUACUCUCCGAUGUCUGUGGUCUGCAACGGGGAGACAGAGUUCUUCUUAUUCUGCCCCGGAUCCCAGAGUGGUGGCUGGUGAAUGUGGCUUGCUUGAGAACAGGAACUGUCCUGAUUCCUGGAACGCAGCAGUUGACAGCGAAGGACAUUCUCUAUCGACUACAGAAAUCCAAGGCAAAGUGCAUCAUCACUGAUGAUUUUGUGGCACCAGCUGUAGAUUCAGUUGGGGCUGAAUGCCAGUCUCUGAAAUUCAAGUUGCUUGUGUCAGAGGGCCACAGAGAAGGAUGGCUGAACUUUAAAGAUCUCCUGAAAAAUGCUCCGUCUAGUCACCAGUGUGUGACCACAAAGCAUCAAGAUCCAAUGGCCAUCUAUUUUACCAGUGGAACUACAGGAUACCCCAAAAUGACUGAACAUUCCCACAGCAGCUAUGGUAUUGGCUUCACAGUAAGUGGAAGGUACUGGCUGGACUUGACUCCUUCAGAUAUAUUUUGGAGCACAUCAGACACAGGCUGGGCAAAGGCACCUUGGACCAGUGUUUUUUCGACGUGGAUUCAAGGGGCAUGUGUAUUUGUACAUAAAAUGCCACAGUUCAACCCAGUUACUGUCUUUGAGAGUCUGUCAAGAUACCCCAUAACUGUCUUUUGUUCUCCUCCAACCGCAUAUCGAAUGUUUGUGCAACAUAAACUGUCCAGCUAUACAUUCAAAAGUCUGCGUCACUGUGUGAGUGGUGGGGAGCCGAUCAACCCCGAUGUGAUGGAAAAAUGGAAAGUGCAGACUGGGCUGGAUAUUCAUGAAGGCUAUGGACAGACAGAAACAGUGCUGGUCUGUGCAAAUUUUAAGGGAAUGAAAAUUAAGCCUGGUAGUAUGGGAAAAUCAUCUCCAACAUAUGAUGUCAAGAUUAUAGAUGAAAACGGUAAUAUUCUGUCUCCUGGAAAAGAAGGAGAUAUUGCCAUCAGAGUAAAACCUACAAGACCACCUUUUCUUUUUACUUGCUAUACUGAUGAUCCAGAGAAAACAGAGGCAACAAUACAUGGGGAUUUUUAUGUUACUGGAGACAGGGGGAUUAUAGAUGAAGACGGAUACUUCUGGUUUGUUGGAAGAUCUGAUGAUGUCAUUACUUCUGCUGGAUACCGUAUUGGACCAUUUGAAGUAGAAAGUGCCCUAUUAGAGCAUCCCGCAGUGGUGGAAUCAGCAGUAGUCAGCAGUCCAGACCCCAUCAGGGGAGAGGUAGUGAAAGCCUUUGUUGUUUUAACAUCUGACUAUGUUUCACGUGAUCCAGAAGAAAUGAUGAAAGAGCUACAGGACCAUGUUAAGAAAGUUACUGCUCCAUACAAGUAUCCUCGGAAGAUGGAGUUUGUUCAACAGUUGCCAAAAACUGUUAGUGGGAAGAUCCGAAGAAAUGAACUACGCCAGAAGGAGUGGAGAAAAUAGUAGAGUUCUGUUGUUUUUUUUUAUAGGGUAGGUCUUUUGUUUUUUAAACAAAAGUAAGAU